UUUAAAAACGUUCUCGAUUAUCAUAACACCUCAAGGUUAGGUUUAGUUAACCGAUUAUUAUCAAGCAAAACGUAAAGAAAUAUUUAUUGUUGCCUAUGUCAAUUUGCCACGUGUUCUCAGAUAAAACCACGCUGAAGUUGACAAUUAAAUUGGAGAUUAAAUGCCAUGAAUCCUUUGACAAAUGUUAAAAACAUAAAAAAACUUGGUGAGCAGGAGUUGCUAAGAGAGUCUACCAGUUCAUGGCACGACCAGUACAAAGACAGUGCCUGGAUAUUUUUCGGCGGUCUCUCCUACGAUUUAACAGAAGGUGAUGUAAUUACUAUUUUCUCUCAAUACGGUGAGCCUGUUAAUAUCAAUCUAGUGAGAGACAAAGACACUGGAAAACAGAAAGGUUACGGGUUCUUGUGCUACGAGGACCAGCGAAGCACUACUUUAGCAGUGGACAAUUUAAAUGGUGUGAAGAUUCUUGGCCGGACGAUAAGAGUGGAUCACGUCUCCAAUUACAAAGCACCGAAAGACUCCAAGAGGAUUGACGAUGUCACGAAAAAAUUGAGGAUAGAAGGAUGUGGUCCUAAAAAAAAUUAA